AUGGGGAUUUUUGUGUUCUAUUUUGGUGUUUUGGUGUUGAUAACAAACCACUUUUCCCACACCUCUUCCACAUCACUCUUUAAUCUCACCACUGAUCAAUACGCUCUCACUGUCUUAAAAAACUCCAUUGUUUCCGAUCCUAAUGCUAUCUUGCAUAAAAAUUGGUCAAUUCACACUCCCAUCUGUGGAUGGAUUGGUGUCUCUUGUGCCACCAAACACCAUAGGGUUACUGCCCUAUACCUCUCGAGUUUCGAGCUCCAAGGCACCAUCCCUCCACAUCUCGGAAACUUGUCGUUUCUUCGGGUGUUAGACAUGAGCUCCAACAGUUUCACGGGAGUCUUGCCACCUGAGCUGUCUAAGUUGCGCUGUUUAGAAGAGAUAAACGUCGCAGCUAACAACAUCACCGGAGAGAUACCAUCGUGGUUCGGAGCCUUAUCCCAACUCCGACACAUGGACUUGUCGGACAACGGAUUCUCAGGCAGAAUCCCUUCUUCUUUAUUCAAUAUUUCGAGGCUUCAGAAUCUGAAUUUGAGCUUCAAUAUUCUGGAUGGAAACAUCCCAGAGGAGAUUGGUGGGCUUUCUCUCCUGGAAAGUGUUAGUUUACGAAGCAAUGAGUUGGAGGGAUCCAUACCAUAUGCUGUCUUCAACAUUUCUUCGUUGAUGUCAGUCAAUUUUGGAUAUAAUGUGCUAUCAGGAAAGCUCCCAAACAACAUAUGCAGUAAUGUUUCAAGGUUAAGAGAAUUCACUGUCCUUAGGAACCAACUUGAUGGGGAAAUUCCAAGAAACAUAGGCAAAUGCAAAGAGCUUGAGCUCCUGCAAUUGCAAGUCAAUAAAUUCAGCGGAGAAAUCCCGAGUGAAAUUGGAAGUUUGACGAUGCUCACGGGUUUGUACCUAUGGAGAAAUCAAUUCAAAGGUAGAAUACCAAAGCAAGUUGGGAACCUCACUUCUCUAACAGCGUUGUACCUUGAGUCUAAUCACUUGACAGGUGAAUUGCCAGAAGAGCUUUCUAAUUUGGCAUCCCUGCGUUUCCUUAUUUUGGGAAAUAAUUCUUUAUCCGGAGCUAUCCCACAUGUCAUCUUCAAUAUAUCAACCUUGCAAGUUGUAGACCUUUCUUGGAACAAGUUUUCUAGUACUCUUCCUUCAAAUAUGGGGCUGUUACUUCCCAAUCUCACAUACCUCGGUUUACAUAGAAAUAAAUUCAGCGGCCCCAUUCCUACCUCUAUCAACAACGCUUCUCAGCUUGAAGAAAUAAUCUUGCAAGUGAAUUCAUUCACUGGCUUAAUUCCCAGUUUUCCUGGUUUAAGGCUCUUAACCAAGUUUUUCAUCAACAUCAACAACUUGAGAGCAACCCAAGAUAUGGAAUUUCUCUCUUCAUUAACUAAUUCCAAGUAUCUAGAGGAUAUUGACAUAUCAAAUAACACACUACUGGGUUGUGUUCUACCUACUUCCAUUGGGAAUCUAUCUCAAUCUCUCGAGAUUUUCUCGGCGCAAGAUUUAAAUAUCAGAGGUGCCAUUCCUUCUCAAAUAGGAAAUUUAACCAAUUUGAUAUUUUUACAUAUAAAUGGCAAUCAGUUGAGCGGGUCAAUUCCUACAACAAUAGGAAAUUUGAAGAAACUUGGGGGAUUAUCCCUUGCUCAUAAUCAGUUGCAAGGGUCUAUCCCCCUCGAUCUUUGUCAGAUGAGUAGUUUGGCCGAGUUAAACCUGAUCAACAACAUGCUCGAAGGUCCAAUACCAAAAUGUUUGGGUGUAAUGCAAUCACUUAGAGUGAUUAAACUUGCCUCAAACAAGUUGAAUUCCACCAUCCCUUCCAAUUUCUGGAAUCUCAAAGACCUCGUCUUUCUUAACUUGUCCUCAAACUAUUUGAGCGGUCAGAUCUCACCUCAAAUUCGAAAUUUGAAGGUAAUCAACCAAAUAGAUUUCUCCUCUAAUCUAUUUUCCGGCGAUAUUCCCAACUCAAUCGAUGGUUGCCAAUCAGUGGAAUACGUAAAUUUGUCGAACAAUAACUUUGGAGGAUCUAUGCCUCAAUCGCUGGGAAAUAUGAAAGGCUUGACAGCAUUGGAUUUAUCCAAUAACAGUUUUACUGGAGUGAUACCUAAAUCUUUACAAGAUCUCAAAUUCUUGGAGUAUUUCAAUGUGUCUUACAACAGAUUGGAAGGGGAAAUUCCAAAUGGGAGCUGUUUUUCCAACUUUACUGCUCUGUCAUUUGUGAAAAACUCAGCUCUUUGCGGUCCAGCAAGAUUUGAAGUACCACCUUGUCCAAAAGUUGAUCAAGGAUCAAACUCAAAGAAUGUAGCUCCACUAAUGAAGUACAUUUUGCCUCCUCUCAUUUUAGCUAUGGUUGUUGUGAUAAUUGUAGUUAUUCUCAUGAGACGAAGGAGGGUUAUAAAAGUGAGAAUUCCAAUUUCUACUUGGUUAGGCAAUCCUUGGAGAAUAAUAUCAUACAUCCAACUAUCGCGAGCGACAGAUUCCUUUAGUGAAACGAAUCUACUUGGGAGAGGAAGCUUUGGUUCGGUGUUUAGAGGGGUAUUGGAUGAUGGGCUGAAUUUUGCAGUGAAAGUGUUCAAUACAGAGUUGGAAGGAGGUAACAAGAGCUUCGAAUCUGAAAGUAGAAUACUAAGCACAAUUCGACACAGGAAUUUAGUUCGAGUUAUCGGUUGCUGUACAAACAUGGAAUUCAAAGCCUUGAUUCUUGAAAUUAUGCUAAAUGGAAGCUUGGAGAAAUGGUUAUACUCUGAUAACUAUUGCGUAGAUUGUCAACAGUUGUUGAAUAUCUCAAUUGAUGUUGCGUUAGCUCUAGAGUACCUUCAUCACGGUAAUACUUCCCUCAUUGUGCAUUGCGAUAUAAAGCCAAGCAAUGUGUUGCUCGAUGAAGAUAUGAAUGCUCGUGUUGCUGAUUUUGGUAUUGCAAAGCUCUUUGAUGAAGGAGAGGCCGUGAUCCACACUAAAACACUAGCUACAAUCGGCUAUGCAGCACCAGAGUACGGAUCAGAAGGAAAAGUAUCCACAAGUGCUGAUGUAUAUAGUUUUGGGAUAAUGCUGUUGGAGAUGUUUACAAGAAAGAAGCCGACAGAUGAUAUGUUUGAUGGGGAAAUGAGCUUUAAAGAGUGGGUGAGUGAAGCAUUACAAGCCAAUGACAUCAAUCAAGUAUUAGCCCCUGUUUUGCUUCCAGAACAAGAUCGAAAUUUCGAUAUGAAGAUGAGCUGGAUGACAUCAGUGUUUGAAUUAGCAAUGAAAUGUUUGGCCAUUUCACCCGACGAAAGAAUCAACAUGAUUGAAGCGGCAGCCACUCUAAAGAAGAUCAAAGCAAAAGUUGAAACAAGAGUGACGAGAAGGAGCCAAUAACAUACAAUUACCAUUACUUGAGAUGAGGAUUCUGUUACUAAUGGUUGAUGGUAGUCAUUUCUUUUUUUAGUUGUUAUUUGUACAUGAGUCGAGCGUGUAAUAAGCUCCUUCAUGGGUUUUUCUUUGUUUGGUUCUUUUCCCAUGUCGUAGUCUUUGAACCAAAUCGGGAGUCUAUACAAAGGGAUGUAUCUUGCAAAAG